AUGUCACGUCAGGAUAAAAACUUUGAAACAUUAUAUAAAUUUCCAAUUUAUGAAGCUGCAGCAAUUUCUGAUUUUGAAGCAGAAAUUGAUGGCAAAUAUAAAAUUAAAGGUGAAGCAAAACAAGCUAAAGGGCAUAGUGCUUAUUUACUUGAAGAACAACUUUCAGAUGUAUUUCAAUGUUCAAUUGGGAAUCUAAAAAGUAAUCAGACAGUAGUCAUCAAAAUCACCUAUGUCACUGAGCUUAAACAUGACUCAGAGAAUGAAAAAAUACGAUUUGUUUUACCAACUUGUAUUGCAGAAAGAUAUGGAUCUUCUUCUUCAACAGCUAAUGAUGGUAAAAAACUUGCACCUGAUGAUGUAAAAUAUUCUGGGAAAGCAAAUUAUGAACUAGAUUUAAAAGUUAAUUGUAAAAUGACCUCAACCAUCCAAUCAAUUGAGUCUCCUUCUCAUUUGAUCUCUACUGAGUUGAAUGUUGAUGGCAAUUCUAAAAUUUCUAAUGUUAUUUUGGCUGAACAUAUUACUUAUUUAGAUAAGGAUUUUGUUCUAGUUGUCAAGAUUUUAAGAAAUAUACUUCUAUUUAUUUAUUAG